UGAUACAGCAAUUGAGAUCAUUGAUGGGAAUUUCUCCUGGGAUUUAUCUACCCCAAGUGUAACUUUGAAAGAUAUAAAUUUGAAAGUGCACCAUGGUAUGAGGGUUGCUGUUUGUGGUACUGUUGGCUCUGGCAAGUCAAGUUUACUUUCUUGUAUAUUGGGGGAGAUACCAAAAAUAUCUGGGACUCUUAAGUUGUGUGUCACAAAGGCCUAUGUUGCUCAAUCACCUUGGAUACAGAGUGGAAAGAUUGAAGAAAACAUAUUGUUUGGUAAGGAGAUGGACAGGGAAAGGUAUGAGAUGGUGCUUGAAGCUUGUUCCCUCAAAAAAGACCUAGAAAUCCUGUCAUUUGGUGAUCAGACAGUCAUAGGUGAGAGAGGAAUCAAUUGAGUGGAGGACAGAAGCAAAGAGUACAGAUUGCACGUGCACUCUACCAAGAUGCUGAUAUCUAUCUAUUUGAUGAUCCUUUUAGUGCAGUGGAUGCUCAUACUGGAUCUCACUUAUUUAAGGAAGUUCUGCUGAGCAUGUUGAGUUCAAAAACAGUAAUAUUUGUUACUCAUCAAGUUGAGUUCUUGCCUGCUGCUGAUCUAAUCUUGGUCAUGAAAGACGGGGAGAUUACACAAGCUGGAAAAUACAAUGACAUUCUAAGUUCUGGAACUGAUUUUAUGGAGCUUGAAGGCGCACAUGAGAAAGCCUUGUCAGCACUGGACUCAGUUGAGGCGGGAUCUCUUUCUGCAGGAGUAAGUUUGAACAAAGAAGGUGGUGUGAGUAGCACAAUCAGAAACAUGCAGAAAGAAGAAAAUAAUGACGUUCAAAAUGGUAAAACUGCUGACAUUGUUGGGCCUAAGGAGCAGCUUGUUCAAGAAGAAGAACGAGAAAAAGGUCGAGUUGGGUUUUCGAUCUACUGGACGUAUAUUACAACAGCAUAUGGAGGAGCUCUAGUGCCCUUUAUAUUGCUGGCACAGAUUUUUUUUCAGGUUCUUCAGAUUGGUAGCAAUUACUGGAUGGCCUGGGCAACUCCUGUGUCAGAGGAUGUAAUGCCCUUAGUUGAGGCCUCUACACUAAUAAUGGUAUAUGUUGCUUUGGCCAUUUUAAGUUCUUUUUGUGUCUUUGCUAGAGCCAUGCUUCUUAAUACAGCUGGAUACAAAACAGCAACUCUACUGUUCAAUAAAAUGCAUCAUUGCAUCUUCCGUGCUCUCAUGUCUUUCUUUGAUGCCACUCCAAGUGGGCAUAUACUGAACAGAGCAUUGACAGAUCAAAGUACAGUAGAUUUGAACAUUCCAAAUCAAGUAGGUGCACUCGCCUUCUCAAUGAUCCAGCUCCUUGGAAUCAUUGCAGUGAUGUCUCAGGCUGCAUGGCAAGUCUUUUUUGUUUUUAUCCCUGUGAUUGCUACCUCCGUAUGGUAUCAGCAAUAUUACAUAUCUUCAGCACGAGAACUUGCGAGGUUGGUUGGAGUAUGCAAAUCUCCAGUGAUACAAAAUUUUUCUGAAACGAUUUCAGGAGCAACGACUAUCAGGAGCUUUGAUGAAGAACCAAGAUUCAGAGAGAAAAACAUGAAACUAAGUGACUCAUUUUCUCGGCCUGUAUUCCAUACUAUUGGUGCUAUUGCAUGGCUCUGCUUCCGCCUAGAUAUGUUGUCUUCUAUUACAUUUGCCUUCUCUUUGGUGUUCCUAAUCUCUAUUCCUCCAGGAGUUAUUGAUGCAGGCAUUGCUGGCCUAGCUGUGACAUACGGACUGAAUCUGAAUAUGUUGCAAGCAAUGAUAAUAUGGAGUCUGUGCAAUCUGGAGAACAAAAUUAUAUCAGUUGAGAGAAUAAUUCAGUAUUCUAACAUUCCCAGUGAGCCUCCUCUUGUGAUCGAAACAAAUCGCCCAGCUCAUUCUUGGCCAUCUCAUGGAAAAAUUGAUAUUCAUGAUCUACAGGUCCGUUAUGCCUCACACAUGCCACUUGUGUUGUGGGGCCUUACAUGCACUUUUCCAGGAGGGUUGAAAACUGGUAUUGUAGGGAGGACAGGCAGUGGUAAAUCAACUCUUAUACAGACACUUUUCCGGAUUGUUGAACCUGCAGCUGGCCAGAUUAUAAUAGAUGGUGUCAACAUCUCAUCCAUUGGACUGCAUGAUUUGCGGUCAAGACUAAGCAUCAUUCCUCAGGAUCCAACAAUGUUUGAAGGGACUGUUAGGAGCAAUCUGGAUCCUCUUGGAGAAUACACUGAUGAACAGGUUUGGGAGGCUCUUGAUAAGUGCCAACUUGGAGAUGAAGUUAGGAAGAAGGAAGGAAAACUAGAUUCUACAGUUAGUGAGAAUGGAGAAAAUUGGAGUGUGGGACAGAGACAGCUCGUUUGUCUUGGCCGUGUGUGUUACUGAAGAAAAGUAAGGUCUUAGUGCUUGAUGAAGCUACUGCAUCUGUCGACACAGCUACUGAUAAUCUGAUUCAGCAAACUCUAAGGCAACACUUUUCAGACUGUACAGUCUUAACCAUUGCACACCGGAUAACUUCCAGUCCUAGACAGUGACAUGGUUCUGCUUCUAAAUCAUGGACUCAUUGAAGAGUAUGAUUCUCCAGCAAGACUGCUGGAAAACAAGUCUUCAUCUUUUGCUCAGCUUGUAGCAGAGUAUACUACAAGGUCAAAUUCUAGUUUCGAACAUUGAACAUCAGACCUUAAUAAUUGCAGCUGACAGAAGGUUUGUCAUGUCAUGACAAUGACGAAGAUUAGCUGGGUUGAUUUAAUAUUUUCGCGCUUAGUAUUGGAGAUAAUGGCAUCAAGAUGAUUCAUCGUGUACUUCAUAUACAUCUUUGUUUGAAAUAAUAUCUAUCUUGUGUGGUUGUGAUAUCUGUUGUUUUUUGAUAAUGUUUCUGGUUAUUUGCUCUAGUUUGCAUACUUUAUAAGGGUUUCUAAGAAGUAGGAAAGUAGCAGAAAGAUGAACAUAGUGGUCGGACCCUUUUCAAUUUUCAUCCAGCCGAGCCUUGCACGGUCGAAUAUUGGCUAAGUUAAAGAGAUGUAUCCUUUUGGUGUAUUGUAACUCAACACAGCCCUGCUCUAAUGAGGAGGCGGCUGCGUUGCUACAAUUCAGGACUUCCGUUUCCAUCAAUAACACUGCUUCUGAUUCUGAACUCCGUGCGUUUCUAAAUGAUACUAUUCUCCAUUUUAAGACUUGAUCUUGGAAGGAAGUUACAACAGUUAUAUAUAGAGGUGCAGAACCGUUUCAGUCAUGCAAUAUGAACAUUUUGCCAAAAAAAAGUGUCCAGAAUUC